GUUUUCGUGUUGUUCAUUCUGCAUCAAAACUGUCAAUCCACGACAAUUUUCAUGUCUAUUAGUUCAGUAAGCACCGUUUUGAGUAAAAGAUUUCGAAAAUGACUACACAAACUGAUGUCAAUCGUAAAAAGGCCAGAAGGGAGGAAAAACGAUCCUACCGAAAUAUGUUAGAGGAAUUUGUCGUUUUUGAAGAUGGAUUCGUCAAGUGUCGUAUCGACACACGCAAAGAGUGUGACUACAAACAAAAGCAGGACCGUUACGUUACCGGGAACUACAUUCGGCAUAUGCGAACCGAGCACCGGGCACUGUCGAAGGCAGCAGGAUUAUUGCUAGAGGACACCAACGACGAGAAGAAAAGGAAAGUUGUACGACGGAAGAUUCCCGUAGCCAUAGAUCGUCAGUCGGUCGCAGCAGCAGUAGUGAAGCUGGUAACAAUUCAUCAUUUGCCGCUCCAAGCGGUCCAGUGGGAAGGAAUGCAAAUACUACUGAAGCCUAUUUGCGAUGCACUUGGAACCUCACUCAACCGAUCCGUUUCUCAAAGUUACGUGAGUCUCGUGGCAAACGCUGUGAGAGAACUUAUAACGCAGGAAGUGAAGUGCCGUUUGAUAAGCAUCAGAAUCGAUUCCGCAUCGCGCCAAAAUCGCCUGGUUAUCGGCGUUCAUAGCCAAUUCGCUGUUAACGGAGAGAUUGUUGUUCGAACGCUUGGAAUCAUCGAAUUUAAAGAAAGACCAACGGCGAAACUGCUCAAGUCAGAAAUAAUCCGAAUUUUGGACAUCUACGAAAUAUCCUUGGAACAGGUGUUUUCAGUUACCUACGACAACGGUGAGGAGCAGCAUGCCCAGUCAUUAAACGCGCAGGAAGCUGUGGAUUACGAUGACAUUACGGAGGAGGCCGCAGCCACUCUCACUUUGGAUGGAGUAAUGCAUGAGUUAGGAAACUCCAUCGAUCUAGUCAGAAGCCCGAUGUCAAUAAUGCAAUCCGCAAUAGGUGACGUGGUCAAUCAGUUCGAUCGAGAAAUAAGAGAUAUCACGUUGGUCGCAAAGAACUGCAGAAAAUUGAUCUACAAAUCGGAAUUCGAUAGCACGACACUGCCACCGUUCUACGGUGGAAAAUCUAGCUGGGAUAGUAUUUAUCUCAUGUUGAAGCACUUUUCCGACCACGACAACCUGUUUAAAAAACUUGGUAGUCGAUACGGGGAAUUAGAUUUAUCGGAACAUCGGAAGUACAUCAAGGAUUAUGUGGCGGCAUUCAGACCGUUGUACAACUGUGUCAAAAACAUGAACGGGAAGCACGUGUCGCUGGCGGACUUCAAUUUGCGAUGGCUGCAUACAAUUUUUGAGCUCAGCAAACUUGAAACCACAAAUCGAUUUGUGGAGAAUUUAACAGCAGCAUUGCAAACACGGCUAGCGUCAUUGAAGAACAGCAUGGCCUUCAAUUGUGCCCUUUUCGUGGACCCUCGAGUGCACUACUACAACUCCACAUUGUUCGACGCCGGAGAGAAGGAUAAAAUUAAGAAAUAUAUCUUUGCCACAUGGGAGAAAUUAUCCCAGUUCCAGUCGAAAGCAGUGGAUAUACCUAAAACCGAUCAGGAGAUCGUACAGGAAGAGAUGGAUUUGAUGAUCAGCAAAAUGUUCGGUGAUUCCCGGCCGGGAAAUAAUUCCGAAGGAGUGUUGAUGUUUCAAAAACAACUGAACACCCUCGAAGUGGACACACGACAGAACGCCUCGGUUGACAUCUGGGCCCACUGGAUGGCCCGCAAGUCAUCACACCCGGAGCUACACAGCCUGGCCACCAUUUUCCUGGCCGUGCCGUCCAACCCAGUGGCACUGGAUAGAACAUUCAGUGCUUUGGAUCUAGUCGUUUCGGACGCGCGCUCGAAAUUGUCCGAUGUGACACUGAACAACAUUCUUAUCGUUAAGCUUAACAGAGAGAUACUGGAUACUGCCCUGCAGUUAGCAGAGCCAAGCUUGCUAGCUUUAGAUAAUUGAUCUGAUUAUUCGUAACUUGGUUUUACAAGUUGUGAUAAGUUUUUUAUAUGCUAAAUUUUACUGUAUUGAUAAGUAAUAUACGAGGGUACCUGCGUUUCGUUUGUUUGUAAUAUAUUGCCGUAAAGCAAGCAGCCCUACCAGGGUCUCACAAUAGUUUGGACUCAACUGAUCUCAAACUAAUGUAACUCAGCAACAAUUACCUACAUCGCGAAAAGUACCCUGAAAAUGUGCAAACCUAAUUUUUCACGGCUUACCACCUGCUCGACUCAUCGAACAGCUUAUUACUUAGCGUGACACAUUUGCGCCAUCGGCGAAAUGGCGCAAAUUUCGACGAUUCGUCGUGCGACGUUUCAGCUGAAAUCGACGAUGACUAAACGCUUCAAAACUCGUUACGGCUUUGUUUACAGGACAGCUAAUAACCGGCAAUCGAAGUAAUUCAUUAAAGUUCGUCAUCCACUCAGGUAUAAAUGCGGCCUACUGCGCUACAAACAGGUGACGACGUUUGCAGCGAUGCUGAAUCCUGUCCGAGCAAUGUGGCGACGCAGUGCAUCGAAGCGGGCCAUGCGAAUAGUGUUCCUAGUACUGCUGACCCUAAUUUUAGCUACAUUCGGUCGGGAUGUGAAGCAUACUGAACGUCACCAUAUCUGUCCGAAGGUGAAACUCCACUAGAGAUGUAAGAGAACUUUUUAAGCAAAGCGGUAAAAAAAAACUCCGCCGACGAUCCCUGUCCAGUGUAUUGUUGCUAAGCUACUUUUUAGGUUUACUUGCACAUAUUAGAGUUAUUCUUACGUUACUAAGAAGCUCCGGUAGAACAGAAAUAAUAAUAAACCGGGGAUGAAUCUCCAUAGUACAGAGAAUUCCAUUCGAUUUUCUGCCCUAUUCUCUGCGACACCCAUCGUCGAAAGCGGCGGCCUCUUGUGAGCGUACGACUGAUCUAGUAGUUUACUAGGUUUACUCACAGCUAAACUUUACUCACGUACUAAAGCUAAAGCUAAACUUUACUCACUUACUAAAAAGGUAGUGAAUGAGAGCAGCAUACAAAACGAAUCUUUGAGUCUGUGUGCAUAAAGCCGAUUGUAUUUUAGAGUUCCGCAAAUCGGAUUUUGGGCAUGAUUUUUUUUCAAAUAUAAAAGUUGGUCAGAUCAACAGAACAGAUACGCGAUAUUUGAAUAAAAAUCAUCGUUUCACUGGUCAAACAAGUCAUGUGUGUUAGUGUUGAGGGUACAAAUAAUAAAACAGAACAAGCUA